CGGGCGGGCGGCGGGGUCGGCCCCCGGCCGUGCCGUGCCCUUCGCUGGGAGGCGGCAGCCGCGGAGGACGCGACAAGGGUCGGCGCUUCCGCGGUCCCCACGCACCUCCCGGGGCUCGGGCGGGCUCAGCUGGGCUUUGGUGUGGGCUUCGAGCGGGUCAGGGAAGGGAAAAAUGCGGAGCUCUGAGUGUGUCCUGGGGAGGACCUGAGUGAUGAUCAAGCAAAAUGCAGGCUCCUUUGGCUCUCCUCAGCUCCCCAGCUCUGCUCCGGUGCUGCUCCAGGGCUCUGGCCAGACCAGUUUCUGUGUCUGUUUUCAGCAGGCCUGAGGUUCAGACUGUACAGCCAGCUGGUGUUUCCCACCCACAGCUGACCCGCCGUGAGUUUCAGACCAGUGCCGUUUCCAGGGACAUUGACACUGCUGCAAAGUUCAUCGGUGCUGGAGCUGCCACGGUUGGGGUGGCAGGGUCAGGAGCGGGUAUUGGGACGGUGUUUGGCAGCUUGAUCAUUGGCUAUGCCAGGAAUCCAUCUCUCAAGCAGCAGCUCUUCUCCUAUGCCAUCCUGGGCUUUGCCCUGUCUGAGGCCAUGGGUCUCUUCUGUUUGAUGGUGGCAUUCCUCAUCCUCUUUGCUAUGUGACAGCUUCUGGUCCUGGCUGCGGCGUCCAUCGCUCUGUCCUCUGCGGCUCGAGUCUGCUUCCAUCACAGCGUCCCAGACUGACCAUUAAAGAAAAGAGUUCUCUAAAUAAA